AGUGUAGUUUGGGUUGAACUGAGCGGACAGUGAUCAGCACCAGAUCUUUAACAACCUGUGGAUGAAAAGUGGACCUGGGUGAUCCUGUAAAAACACAGGGCAGCUGAUUCUGUCAUGCGUGGGUUGUGGGAGUGUGUUUUCUGCGCGCUGGUUGUGAGCAGGAACGUGGGGACGAGCGGAGAGUUGACCGAGUCUGAGGGACACCUUCUGCAUGCUGAUGAGAGGAACUUUACAAAGCAGGACUUCAUGGAACAAGAACCCUUUGAGCAGCUGCAGCAGGCCCGGCCAGACGCCACCUUUAACCUGAGGGUCCAGGUGAACGACUUGCUGAGUCGGCAGCCCCUGAGCCAUGCAGCAGUGGAGCUCUUCGUCGUCCAUGUGUUGAACAGCACAGCUUUCAGUGAGGAGGACGGCAGCGUUCUGCUUCAUGUACCUUUCCACUCAGAGCUGCCCAUCACAGUUGUGGCUACCAAGCAAGGCUUCAUGUCUGCACAGCUGCUGUGUAGAACCAGCAGAAUACCGAUCUUUUCAUCAGUAACUAUGUCCUUGAUGAAACUGAAUAAAGGGAACAUCUGGCUCUUUGAAGAUUCAGUUCUGAUCACUGGAAGAACCGCUGUUGCUGCGUCCCGGCCCACAGUCAGGUUUCCUCAGAGGCUCCUGAACCUGACCCACAGCAGGAACAUUACCUCCAUUAGAUCCUACCUGACGGUUCCCAAACUGAGCUCAGAACAGGACGGGUCUCUGAACACUCUGGGGAUCAUGAGCAGCAAAUCAGGAUACGUGAGCGUGGAAUUAAGUCCAGUGGCGGCCGUCAGUGUGCAGCUUUUCUCUGGAGACAUGGAGCUGCAGGUGAACGGGCCGGUCCAGAUAAGCCUCAACGUUCCUGAGAGCUGUAGGCUCCAGGCUGCUGACGUUGUUCCAGCCUGGUUCUUUAACAGGACUACUGGUGGAUGGAUGAGGAAAGGACUCGGAAAGAUGACGCUGGUAGACAGAAAACUGAUGUGGACUUUUACUGCUCCUCACCUCGGCUACUGGAUCGCAGCACCUUUGACCUCCACCAGAGGUUUGGUUGGAUGGCCCAUCCUUGUUGACUUCAUCUCACUACAUUCAUUUUUCCUGAUGGUUCUUGCUGGAGGAACACUUGUUGUUAUCGUCUGUCUCCUGAUUGGACUCUUAUGUUACUGCAGGAUGAAGUUCAGUAAGAAUAAAGCCAGACCGACCUCAGCAGUGGUGAGAAGAGACCAAACCACCUCCACGUGUCAUGAUGAGGAAUCUGAAACAUCUUCGGCUUCACGGCACACUAAUGGACAGAACCAGCUUCACAAUCAGUGCAGUGGGUCCUUUGUCACAAUGAAGAGCAGUGAAGUGAUCGCCAACCCCAGUGCUGUGGUGGUUUCACUGGAGUGUAAGGAGCUGGACUUCAUCGAUGUGACCUCAGAACAAACCCGAGCUCCUGCAUCUCUCCCAGACGACCUGUUCUUCUACAACCAACCUGUGGCGAUCCUUCCCGCUUCAGCAUUUUUCCACAUGGAGGAAGAUCCUGAGCAGGCCGAGUGGAGCAGAUCUGCCACGCUGCCACGAGUCGGAGCUUCGAACGGAACUGCCGUAGAGCCUCAGAAGAAAGAAAGCGUCACCCAGACUCUCCACCCGGAGGACCCCCUCCAAAGGCCUGAGGGCUCUCCAGGGCCAGCCAACACAUCCAGGAUGCCCUUCAGCCUCCCAGAGUCAGCAUCAGUACCAGGAACGUUGAAUAAACUGAGCGGAAACAGACAUUCUGUCCACGCCAUCACAGGUUUAUCUAAAAUCCCCUCCCCUCAGCCUCCUCGGGCCUGGUUCGUCUCCCUCGAGGGAAAACCAGCCGCAGAGAUCCGGUACGCCGUGUCAGAGCAGCAGAGGAGACGGAGGCCCAUGGACAGUCGGGAAACAAGUUUGGACUCCGGGGUGGACCUGAGUGAGCUGAAUCAGAUGACUGGGAGGAGGCCUGUGACUCUGGAGAGAAACGCUACAUUCAUUAAAAGCCCGUCCAGUAACAAACACACACCUGAACAGUAAAAAUGGGGAUUAUUCAGCGACUUCCGAGGUUCAAUUUACAGAUUUAAUGUUCACAGAGGGGUUAACCACCAAGGCGAGAAGCUCGGGUGGCAGAAUGUCUCGGAUCAAACCUCCUUUAAGGCGCCUAACAGCUGAAACAAACUUUCACAUCCAUUAUUUCUACUUCUUACAAACAAGUCAGUCUCUAACUCUUAAUUUUAUUUUCUGAUGUGAUUUGGUGCAAAUAGUCUAUAAAGUAACUAUGUAGAAAACCA